AUGCUUCGAAUCAAAGCUAACACAGAAGCAGAGCAUCUUCAUGAUCAGAUACAAUGUGUACCUCUAAAGUAUGUGAAGGUUGAAGCAACGAUACGUUCGUUUGCUGCUGAUGUAACCAUAACACAGGUGUUUCAAAACGAGGAGAAGACGCCGAUUGAAGCGGUCUAUUGUUUUCCUAUCGAAGAGCGAGCUGCUAUCUACUCCUUUAGGGCUCAUAUUGAUGAUCGAGAAAUCAUUGCUGAGUUGAAAGAAAAGAAGGAAGCACAGCAUGAAUACAUUAAUGCUUUAAAGCAAAGUCAUGGAGCUUAUUUGUUGGAGCAAGAUGAGAAAUCCAAUGAUAAUUUUAUCGUUAAUGUUGGUGCGUUGCCUCCAUCAAAAGAAUGUGUCAUUACUAUAGCUUAUGUUUCCGAAUUGGAAUUCGUUCAGGGAUCUACAAUUCAAUUCAUAGUUCCAACAACUAUUGCACCUCGUUAUGAUCCCGAAAAAGGUAGUAUUUCAUCACCAGCAAAUACAAAUUCUUUGUAUGUUCAAUCAAGCCCUUACACAAUUGGAUUUUAUUGUCAUAUUGAAAAGAUCGGACAACAGAUUGCUCGGAUAAGUUCAACGUCACAUGCGAUUGAUGUUGAUAUGAACCAAACAGACUCUUAUAUAGUAACAUUUAGUCAAGAAAAUACAUAUUUAGACCGAGACAUUCGAGUCAACAUUGAACUAACGACAAAACAUGAUAGUACGUUUCUUGCUGUCGAAUCUGGUGCUGUAAUGGUCGCAUUUGUUCCUACUGAUGACAAUUAUUGUCAGCAAACGACAUCAAAUAAUGAAUUUAUUUUUGUGGCUGAUUGUAGUGGAUCAAUGGAGGACGAAAACAAGAUUGGACUUGCUCGAGAAGCUAUGUUAAUCUUUCUCAAAAGUCUACCGAUCAAUUGUCAUUUCAACAUAAUUUGUUUUGGUUCAGAUUAUGAAAGUCUUUUCGAAAAACAUACUGCAGUCUAUAAUGAAGAAAAUGUUCGAAAAGCCGAGAAGCUCAUUGAACAAAUGAAAGCCGAUAUGGGUGGUACUGAAUUGCUGCGACCGUUGCAAUGGCUUGAACAACAAGCACCUGAUCCAGGACGAGGACGUCAGAUUUUUCUUCUGACCGAUGGAGAGAUUUCGAAUGUUUCAGAAGUACUCGAACUGUGCCGAUCAAUAGCUUCAACCAGUCGAAUUUUUUCAUUUGGUCUGGGUCAAUCACCAAGUCGUUCUUUGGUUAAAGGUCUUGCUCGAUCGACCAACGGUCAAUAUAUUUUUAUUCCACCAAAUACGAGUGUUGAUGUUCCAGUGUGUGAACAAUUACGCAGGGCUCUUCAACCUUGCAUUACCAAUGUGCACAUCAAAUGGAAUCUAGGAGUUGAAGUUCAGAAUGCUCCAAGGCAAUUACCUCCAGUCUAUUUCAACGAUCGACUCAUCGCCUAUGGUCUCAUUGAUGAUAAAACUGCUCCAUUUAAUCAUGAUUCUUCUGUUGAACUCGAAAUUCAUCCAGAUCAUCAUCGAUUAGCCAUAGCUCAAGUCAAUCGAGUGCCAACUGUGAGCGACAACGGAACAAUUGCACGUCUCGCUGCAAAAGCACUCAUUCUUGAGUUACAACACGAGAAAGUCGCAUCGAAAGGAGCCACGGUGCAACCGCGAUUUCAAGCUAUGUCACUACCGGACGAAAAAGAAAUGAUGUCGAUGAAACAGCAAAUCAUCGCAUUAUCUCUCAAAUACAGUAUUUUAAGUCCAUACACCGCUUUUGUUGGCAUUGAGACACGAAUUAAUGAAAACAACAGUGACAUGGUUUUACGUGAAGUGCCAAUACAAAUAUCUAUGGAUGAUCAAUCUUCACAAUCGAUCCAUCCGCCAUUGCUCACUAUUGCAUUAUCAAGUUAUUCACCAAGUUAUUCACCUACUUCGCCAUGUUAUUCACCUACUUCACCAUGUUAUUCACCUACUUCACCACUGUACAUGCCAUCGUUGUCGAAUGCCGUAUCUUAUUCGCCGAGAUACAUAAUAAGUUCAUCAAAUACAGGUACAACGACGAAUGACGAUGAAGUCUGUUCUUGGAAUUCUUCUGGCGACUUAAAUGACAUGAUUGGCAAGGAUUCGACGUCAACCAACGUGAAGAGAAGAAAGUACGAUACAGAUGAAAAAUGGCCCAAUAAUGAUCAAGAUAUUGUUCGUCACUUGAUCAGGAAGCAAACGUUCGAUGGUCUCUGGAAUAUGGACGCUGAGAAUAUUGAACAUUUGACUCGAACAUCUCUAGCAGAAUUUCAAUCGAAAUAUUCUCAAAUCGAUUGUAAAAUUCUUGUCUCAAUCAUUGUCGUUGCUGUACUGGAAAAAAAAUUCAAAACUUUCGAAUUAUUGUGGUAUGCUGUUGUACAAAAAGCUCGUAAACAUCUCGCCGAUCUGCUUGAGAGCCAAUCGAAGGAUUUCAAUGUAUUACUAGCUGAAAUUUUUCAAGAACUAUGA